AUGAGCUACCAGCCCCACAAUCAUUAUCAACACCAGGGUCUCCAACAACAACCCGAUUUACCCCAGUCUGGCUUCCCAUCAUAUCCGAUGCCCUUGGAGCAGUCAGCAUAUCCUCACCAGCUCUCCGCAGCCGAACCUUCCAACAAGGAUUUUCUUGGGCAUUUCAAUCCGGUCUCGUUUGAAACCAUUUCUCUGGCCCAGGACCACUCGAUGGCAUCCUCCUUUGAUUCUGAGGAGGUCCCGCAAGGUUGGCUCUGGGAUGCCUAUCAGCGAGCCGCAAUGGACUCGAUGCUACUGGAUCGAACCCGUCAAGAGCAAGAGCAGCAACAUUGCUUGCCCCUGGUCCAUACGCCUGGCCUCUCCUCUUCUCACUCAACAGCGCUUCCCUCCGGUCUCUAUGCCGGUGAUACAUUCUGGCAUUCCAACGCUCUCGAGCUGGCCUCGCGAGCCGCAGCACUAGCUUCAGCUCCCCUCAUGACGGCAAAGCAGGAUGCAGGCAUCACUGCCCCAACACCGCCAGCGCCAACAUUUGUCCGGCUACCUCCGUCCAUGUUCCAGUGUCCAAUGGAAAAGUGCCCAAAGUCAUUCGCAAGGGCCUACAACUUGCACGUUCAUCUCAAGACUCAGCACCAUCUUGCCUCGAAGGAGCUUGCUGCCGUGUCUCCACUGCGAGCUCCUCCGUCUGCCCCUCCGUUCCAAAUCAUUACCCCUGAGGAGGUCGCUGCUGGAACGGCAAUGUCAGACAAGGAACAGCCAUCUGCUGUGCAGUCAGGAUCAAAGGCAACAAAUACUACCACGUCAUUAACGCAGUCGAACCUUCUUUCGACAAGUGCCGACAACACCACCAACAACAAUGAUGGUGACAAUAUCAACCACAUCAACAACAACAACAACAACAACAACGGUGGCAAUGGAUCCAAGCCGUAUUUGUGCACGAAUUGCCACAAGGCCUUUGCGAGAACGGAUGCCCUCUGUCGACAUUACAAGGUGGAAGACGAUUGCCGGCAGGUUCUCAUGGAGGUUGAAACUGCAUCGACUGUGGCUGUUACUGAGAGCAAAGAGCGGGUAGCGCACUAG